AUGUGGAAGCUCAACAUGGUCAAUGGAGUGCUCUUUACUGGAGGGUGGGCUAAAACCAGAUUGUAUUAUGACACUGUGAAGGCAAUUUUCAAGAAAGUUCUGGUGAAGAAUGAUGCUGGUGACCACUUCCCAUUGUAUGCCAUCUGCUUGGGCUUUGAACUAUUGACAGUGAUAAUUACCGAGGACAAAAGCAUUCUCAAGGAAUUUGAUGCUGCAGAUCAAGCAUCCACUCUAAAAUUUAUGAGAAACACAAACAUUGAAGGAACAGUAUUUCAAAGUAUGGCAUCUCGCCAGAGACUGAUGCAGAACACUGACUUAACGAAUUUCUUUAAGGUCUUGACAACCAGCAUGGAUGGAGACAACAAGAAAAAUGCUUUUGAGUGGUGUUUGUCCAUGACACCACACUCAGAUGAUGCCAUUCAAGUUACACAGCAUGUAGCGAACUUCUUUGUCAGUGAGGCUAGGAAGUCUGUAAACCAGGCUUUUGCUUGGAAAGUGCUGGACAAUCUGAUAUAUAAUUACAGUCCCAUGUAUUGUGGGAAAGCAGGGAACGGAUAUGACGUGGUUUAUAUCUUUACGUGA